CACACACAUUGUCUGUGUGACACACAUUCUGUGCAUAUUUUCACUGACCCGGACACACAUAUAACACACAGGGAAACUCACUGAGGCCUGCCCCCCCUUUACACACACACACACACACACACACACACACACUCAUACCAAUAGCAGAGAGUGCUUUGUGCAUUCACAGACUGACUGGGCAGCUACUGAAGAGAGAGAGAGGCUGGUGGGAGGAGGGAGAUGAAGACAGCAAGAGACAGAGGGAUUACAAAGAGAAGCAGUCCCAGACAGAUAGAGAAGAAGAAGAAAUAAGGCUUGCAGGGACAGAAGAGACACAUCCAGUAAACACUAACUGGUGGAACGUCGAAGAAGCGUGAACAAGGCAGGAAAAGGAAUACAGAAAUAGGAAGGGAAAUAGGGCUUGUCCAAAAGAGAGGAAGAGAGUUAGUUGUUGUUAAAGAGGCUGGGAGGAACUGAUGGGAUGGCAUUGAUCUCUGGGAGCUGCCGGCUCAUGGGCCGGAUGGCGUCUUGUUGCUGCAGACCGCUGCUCAACUCCUCCUGCUGUGGACCGUUCAUCAAAGUCUGCCUCUCCUCCUUCACAGACAUAUCUCCUGCUGAGCUGGAUGCUCUUUGGAGGGAACCACCAUAUACUCUUGGGAGAGCAAAUGAACACUUCUCAGGAAAUGACAUCAUGACUGAAGGUGCAGGUGAGGAGGAGGACGGUCCAGUGGUGGAAUCAGGUGAAGGAGGGGUGGAGCCUGACAGCUACUGGAAGAAGAAAGAGGCCUUCUUUAGAGGGAGUACUGUGUCACUGGGAGAGAAAUUCUCCUUAGAAAUUGCGCUGGUGUUCACUGGGCGGAGGCGCUCCAGUGUGGAUCCUGACCGGGCCCUACAGGAGGCGCUGCGCACCCGACUCCGAGUGGUGGAGAGCAACAGCCAGGACGUCAUCCAGCUCUUUAAAGACUUGUCUGCACGUUUGGUGUCUGUCCACGCUGAGAAGGAUAGCUUCGUACUCACAUUCAAGACUGUGGAGGAAAUCUGGAAAUUUUCAACUUACCUAGCAUUAGGUUAUGUGGCUCGCUGUUUGGAGAACUUCCUGUGUGAUCAGUCUGUCUGGCUGGACCCAGAGUUGCUGAGUGACCUGGAGAUCAAUGUAACUGUGGAUGAGGAACAUCUGGCCACCCUCUACCUGGGACUUUUACUCCAGGAGGGAUCCUUCUUUGCGAAGGCACUAUUCACAAGAAGUGAGCAGGAUCAGGAAGAUGAAGAACAUCUAUCUUUUAAAAAGAAUGACUUGCUGAUGGUAAGGGACACAGGGCAGGACAACAUGUGGGAGGGCACCAUGCUCUCCACAGGAAACCACGGCCUGGUGCCAGUCAACGCCAUGCAACCGCUGCCUUACCCCUUCUACCAAUGGUUCCUGAGGAAGUACCCAGGCAAUGCUGGAUGCUCGCCAACAGAAAAGGAGGCGUUUGAACAUUCUAUCGUGACAGGUUCCUGUGUAGCAGUGGUUGACUACAGUCCAGUGGGCCCAGAUGAGCUUCAGCUAAGUCAAGGUGACAUUGUGGAUAUCCAGGGUCUACUAGUGCGAGGCCUGGGCGUGUUUAUAGGAACACACGCUUCCACAGGUCACACUGGUUUCAUACACAAGGCCCAUGUCAAGCCUCUGGACACCAUACCCCUAGACAGACAAUUGGUCUUUCUGACUGAGGAGGAGAGGGCCAGUCUGGCUCGGGUUAACCCGUGUAGCUCUGAGCCAAGUGACGGCGGCCUGCUGGAAAGACUCUUCUCGUCUGACAUCAGCUCUGUGUACAGGCUAGACAGACUGGAUGAGACUGACUUCAUGUACAUCAGGAAUCGGCCAAAACAUGAUCAUAAUGUUCCUACAAGCACCCGUCAGAGCAUCGUGUCAGAGAGAAGUGGAGGGACACCCCCGUACCACUCCUCUCCUCGCGCCUCUCUCUCUCACUCCUAUCCCCGCCUGUCCCUCUAUCACUCCAUCUCCCACAACCCUCUGCCACGCGAGGGAGAGCGCCUGUCCUUCACUCUGGAAGACACAUUCAGAGAACUGGACGAGUUCCAGGAAGACCCACCUCUCUUCUUGGAGGACAACAGCUGGGAGGGGGAGGAAUCCGAGCUCAGUGACCCCACAUUGACCCUGCUCAACUGCGAACACUUCCAGGACGACUUCCUGCCCCUGUACGACCUGCAGUAUUCCUUCCUGUGGGUGACCUUCAGUGGUAAGACUGAUGACGAGCUAUCAGGGCACCUAGAGAAUGUCAGGGAGUGCGCCAAGAGGAUGGGCAUGCACUGGGCACAUCGACGGGCAUGCUUCCUCCUGGGAAGACUCUGUGCCCGGAAGCUAAAGCUCUCCCAGGCACGUGUGUACUAUGAGGAGGCUCUCAGUGUUAGCGUGAACAGUUUCUCUGACACGCCGCUCCUCGUCGCUCUCUUCACCAACCUCACCGCUGUCUACCUGAAGCAGCGCAUGGCAGACAAACUGCCCCAGACUCUGGAGAAGGCCAGUGCCCUGCUCCUCUGUCUCCCCUGCCACACCUUCACCUCCACGGAUGAGGUUGAACUGCUGAUGCUGCUCCUGAGGAGAUCAGUGGUGAUAGGGGACAAACACCUGGAGGCUCGCAUCUGCUACCUCAUGUCCAGCCUCUUCCUGCUUCUCAGGAAGGCUGACGAUGCCCUUCCCUUCGUUGAGCGACUCCAGUUCCUCUCAGCGACUCUCUCUGCCGCCGAGGGGCGCCCCAUGGCUCCUGUGGACCUCAAUUGGCUCUUGAGUUGGCUCUAUCAUCAUAAAUACAUGCCUUACUUAGCGCUGGCCUCUCUGAGCCUGGACUCAAGACAAGACCACUCCCUCCACGAUGCUUUCCAGAGGAUUGAGUUGUUUAUCAGGAACUCUGUUCGCCUGAACCCGUGCUGGAAGGAAGGAACCUCCCUGCUCCCUGCCCAGAUUGUGGUUUACCUUCAGCAGGCCCUGGUUAUAGCCGAGCAAGGAGAGGAUAUGAAGACCCAGAGGGACCUGUGUCAGGGCUUGGCCUCAGUCUACCAGCAGUAUGAUGCUCUAGAUAAGGCAGUGCACUGUGCUCAACAAGCUGUGGAGACAGCAGGCCACAUCAAUGAGGAGGAGGGCUUUGAGGCGUCUGUGCUGCUCGGGUGGCUGCUGGUGUUGACAGGCCAGGCUGAGAGGGCCCAGAGUGUCCUACAGCCGCUGCUCACAUCACUCCAGGGCACAGACAGUCCCACGCAGCGAGGAGUGAUCCACAACCUCUUGGCUUUGUGUCUGAGGCAGCAGGAUCGCAUCCCAGAGGCAGGCUGGCAUCUCCACUCUGCCUUGGUAAUCUCCAGGGAAAGUGGAAACCAGAGGAACCAGGCCCUGGCACUGGCCAACCUGGGCUGCCUGGCACUGGAUGUGGGGGCAGCUUGGGUAGCAGAACGCUUCCUGGUCAGAUCCCUGUGUCUUUUUCUGGAGCUCUGGGAAAGCCCCACAGAUGAGGAGCAUGUUCAGACCUACCUUUGGCUGGGGCGGAGCUACAAAGACAGGGGCAGGAGUCAGGACAUCAGGACCUGUUAUGAAAUGGGGCUACUAAUUGCACUACAUGCCAGAAACUUACACAGUCAGAUGGUGGUGGCCAAGGUGCUGAGUCGGCUGUAUGCUGACAUGCUGCUGUAUGGCCAGAGUAUCGUCUACUAUGAGCACUGUGUGUCGGUAUCCAGAGAGCUGAAGGACAAGAGGCUGGAGGGAGAGUAUCUGGAAAUCCUCAGCAGCCUCUACCUCUCACUCAACACUGAAAGAUCAUCUCGUAAAUCUCUGGACUACACCAAGCAGAGCCUGAGGAUUUCUAUUGAUUUGGGCAAGAGAGAGGAAGAGUCAGAGACCUGGCUACAGGUGGGGCGCAUCUAUUACCUCAUCCAGGAGGACGAGCUAGCUGACAUGUACCUGCAGGCAGCAGUGAAGACAGCCCUGAGGAUGAAUGAUCCUCACUUUGCCAUGUGCAUCUACGAAGAGGCAGGAGACGUCUACCUUAAAGGCCACAGGAACCGGAUGGCUUCUCUGCCUUUCUACAGGGAUGGCAGUCUGCCAUUUGCACGGAGCAUCAAGGACAUCCAUUCAGAGUACCGUUUGUUGAGUAAGCUGACAGAGCUGUUAAUGAACCAGGGAGAGCAGGAGGAGGCUCUGCAGUACGCAACACUGGCUGUUGAGAUCGCCAGCAAAACAGGUGUGCAUGUGAAUGAGAGGACAGCCUACCACCGGCUGGCUACAGUCUACUACAGCCUGCAGCAGUAUGAGAUGGCAGAAAACUACUACCUCAAGUCCCUGUCCCUCUGCCCGCCCGUCCUGCAGCACCCUAUGGAGGCUCGCUACUACACCAAGGUCUACUGCAGACUGGGCAAUCUCACGCUACACAAACUGAAGGAUGCUUUUGAUGCUGUGGGCUACUUCCAGUUGGCUCUGGCAGCGGCCCUGGAGGACCAAGCUAACCCUGAGGCUCUGUAUGUGGUGUACAUGAAGCUGGCCGAGAUCCACGGCAACCACUUGCCCGAUGCUCAGCUGUGCCAAGUUUACAGAGACAGAGCCCAGAGUCUGAAGAGAGUUCUGGCUGGAGAGGAAGGCGCUGCUGUUGGAGAGGAAAACAGGGACGAUGCAGACGCAGAGCCUGGCCAAAAGAAGGAAAAGGACUCUGAUGCUGAUUUGGAACGUACAGAAAGUUUGGUUAAGAGAAAUGGCAUUUUCACUACACCUGAAGAUAACUCAUUUCCAAGGACUUGUAUAAUCUAUGGAGACACAGAGGACAGAUAUACAGACACUAAUAUUGGAGUUCCUAAUGGGAAAGAAGAUGCCGACAUUAAUCUUCCUGAUGCAGAUGGCCCUUUUGUGGAUGCCCCGGGGUCUGAGACAGAGACCAUCGCCAGUCAGUCGUACAGUGACAGUAUUUUUAGUGAGUCCUUUGACACAGCUAAGGAGCAGAUCUCAGACUCCAGCAGCUCAACUGACACUUUACAAACUUGCCAGAAUCAAACAGAUGGCAAAGACCCAUGCUUUGAUACUGACCACAGCAUGCCCAGUCAAAUACCUGUCAAUCACAUAAGUGACAUCACAAGAAACACAGACGCCCAAAACAGAGAUUCUGAUAUUCAUGAUGAACAAAACACCCCCACUAAAGAAACAGCUGCUCAUGCAGAUCUUAUUCAAAACAAUGUCAGUCAGACUGAUACUGACCAAACAGAGACUGUUAGCAUAAACACUGAUAAAGCUGUAAGCGUGGACAACACCUGCGACCGCACAGAGAAAGAUAAAUCUGAGACCAGUGACACGCACAGUGCACACAUGGACUUAGAUGACAUCAACGCAUAAUCUCCCACUGGCACUUUAUGUUCUCCUCUGACAUUUCCUUUUUCUGGUCACAUGUUUCUUGACCAGCAAAGUGACUCCAACGUUCCAGCCACAUGGCAUUUAUUGUAGGAAAGAUGAUGUCCAUAAGUUUUCAGAGAUUUAGUGACUUCUAAGCAUGGGCCUUUUAUAUAAUAUAUUGGGUGGUUAUUACAGUGCAUUGUGCUUGUAAGAUAUGUUUUUCUAAAUUUUUGUAUCUCUGGAAGAUAUGACUCAAAACAUAAAUAAUGUUAUUUUGUGUGCUGA